AUGUUAUCACCAAGUUUGAAUGCCGAUCUGGAGAUAGCCACUGCCAUUAUUAGCUUAGCAUUACAUCCCUCAUUUGCUGUUAACAGUGAGCAAGGCUUUCGUUUCAGUGCAGCUGUAAGUUCUCCUGGACAAGAUCCUGAUGUUUACAGCUUUCCAUUCGAAGACGAACCUGUUCCGGCUCGGAAGCAGCGAUGCCCCAAAGGUAUUUCAAGAACGGCUCAAGAUUUGCAUCGAAUGCAAACUCCAGAGCCUCGGCAGCCGGAAGAGCAGCAGACUCACAGGAAAGAACUCAUAACUAACAUCUUUUCUCUUCCUGAUAUCUCUGUCCGCAUAUUAUCGGCCUUACCAACGAUUUACCUUCGUGACGACCAUCAUGAGAAGUACGAUAAUGUAGCUAUUCGAUUACUUUCCGAGAGCAUUAAGCGAAGUGAGAGUGAGCCAGGAUCAUCUUCUAAUAUCUAUCGCUCACUCUUGAACCGUACAACAUGCAUCUCCACCGGUGAUCAGAGAAGCCAGCCUACUGACACCGCUUGCGAAAAUAUAUUUCAGGAUUGUCCUAAUGGUUUUGCAUUGUUAUCUGGUGAGACUUCGGUUACUCCUGAAUUAGAAAAACUUUUCAAUCAGACUGUUGGCGUAAGUAAACUUGAUGAUAAUCCUGAUUUCUCAAGAUGUAUUGGUUCACGGUUGGGUCACGCCACCGUUCAUAGACAGACUUCAUCCUUGCUGACACCCACAUCGCUCGGCUCUCAUAAUCUGAUGACAGCAAAGUCUCGCACCAGCAAUCUAGUCACUUGUGAAGCUGACCCGAUCGAUGUUUCGUCGUGGAAAUUUCCUUUUUCACGA